GCAUAGGCUGUGGGCGGAGUACCCGUCACCGGUUGACCUACCAAACUCAGCUGUCAGCUGUGUGUCUGCAUUGCAAAGAUGGCAGGAAGCAACUCUUAUACUAUAGUAGAAUAUUUUGGAGGGGAUGAUGGCUACCGCUGCGGUUACUGCAAAAAUGACAAGGGAAACUUCUCUCACGGAAUGUGGUCUCAUUCUAUGACCGUACAAGACUACCAAGAUUUAAUUGAUCGGGGAUGGAGAAGAAGUGGAAAAUAUGUUUACAAGCCCAUAAUGAAGAAGACGUGCUGUCCUCAGUAUACCAUCAGGUGUCAUGCACUGAAUUUCCAGCCUUCUAAAUCUCAUAAGAAAAUCUUGAAGAAAAUGAGCAAAUAUAUUUCUAAAGGAGAACUGCCAACAGCACAGGCGGAUGGGGAGCCAAUGGAUUCUGUCUGCGAAGAAGCUGGUCCACGGGAACCUACUAAAGUCUGUCAGUCAGAUUUAAAAGUUGUUGCUAACGCAGAUAUUAAAGAUGAAGUACCAAACUGUUCCGCUGCUACAGAAGUUCAGAAAAACUCAGUGGAUUCUACAGCUGGAAGUUCAGAAAAUUCCCAGAAUGAUUCAACUUCAGUCUCAGAAGGGGGAACAGAUGCCAAAGCUUCUAAGCCAGGGUUGGGAGCAGACCCUAGCCGUCCGCCUUGCAGAAAGGCCAAAGAUUUAAGAAAGGAGCGUCGUCUUCAGAAAGACCAGAAAAGACAACAUGGUGCUGGAAUCUCGCUAGCAAAGCCUGCCAAUACUAACCAACCCAAAACACUGGAGGAUUUCAUCAGCGAGUCUUUAGAGGACAACUCCUCUGAUCGCCUUGAGGUGAGGCUAGUGCGCUCCAAUCCCCCUAGCCAACAGUUCAAAGCCUCUUUCGACGCCUCCUACCAGGUGUACAAACUCUACCAGAUGGCCAUUCACAAGGAUCCUCCUGACAAACCCUCCGAGAGCCAGUUCCGGAGAUUUCUUUGUGAUUCACCACUAGAGGCAGAACAUUCUCCAGAUGGACCGGAGAUGGGAUACGGCUCCUUCCACCAACAGUACUGGCUGGAUGGACGCAUCGUAGCCGUGGGAGUGAUUGACAUCUUGCCUGCAUGUGUGUCUUCUGUCUACCUUUACUACCACCCAGACUUUACAUCGCUGUCUUUAGGGUCCUACUCUGCUCUCAGGGAGAUUGCUUUCACAAGGAAACUGCAGAAACAGUCCACCAAGCUGUGUUACUACUACCUGGGCUUCUACGUCCACUCCUGCCCCAAGAUGCGCUACAAGGGACAGUACCGGCCCGCUGACCUCCUCUGCCCAGAAUCCUACACUUGGGUUUCUGUGGAGCAAUGCAUACCGCUGCUCAGCAACUCCCGCUAUGCUCGUUUAAAUCAGGACCCUGAUGCAGAAAAAAACACGCCAUCAGUUAGGCUAAACUGCAACUCCCUACCUUCUUGAUUUACACAACGUAGAACUUUAUUGGUGGUCCGGUUGGAGUAAUGCUGAGCCCGGCUGUUGCUGACACAUUGAGUGUCCCACUGUGUCUGUGACCCCUAGUGAACAUCAUUUUGUACACACAUACGUAGACCAAAUGUACAGCACAUAUGUAGCAUCUCUCACACACUCACAAUCAUUGUUUGUUUGACAGGGAGAGAAGUUGGGCCAUCAGCCAUUCAGCAGGGUAAACAUGAGAGAAAAUUUGCGUGUUGUCUCUAGUUUGCCUUUAAAUGCAUCCAAGAGGCGCCAGCCGGGAUACGCAAACAAUAAGUGGCAAUUUGUGUAAUUUCAUGCAUCGAAAUGGUGCAUUCUGUUGGUGCCUUUAACGUUCCUGAUUGUAAAACAUAUCAGUUAGCAACAAUCUGACGUACUUUGGUGUUACUUACAGUAAAUGACACCUACCUGAUGGCACCCACUUAUCUCCCCUCUGCCUCCUGACUUCCCUACUAUAUUUCUGCCUUAUUGCAUUCCAUAUCUUGUCUAUCAGUCAGACUGAUAGACACAAUGCCUCACAAUGCUUUCAGCUCCUUAGCCUGAUGAGUGUUAAUGUUCCCAGUCUGAGUGGGAGCUGAUGGAUUCGCUCCCCUCUUACUGGGCCCUGCAAAGGUUUUCAUCCUCCUUGAAUAUUUUCUUGGAUGUUUCGCAAAUUUUUGUACGUGCUUUAUUUCUAUUUUAUGUGAUAAAUCGACAAAAAAAAGAAAAGGGUGUAGUUUGUUUUUUCGGCCUUUAUGUACUAAUACUUUGUUGAACCUCAUUUAGCCACAACUACAGUUGCAGGUCUACCAGCUUUGCAUCUAGACACUGUUAUUUUAGGUGAAAUCAGCUCGAGUUCAACCUGUUUAGAUGGAGAAAUAUUAAAAACCAUGUUUAAUAUUUGCCCCAAUUUCAGUCAGACUAAGGUCUAGACUUUGACUAUGACAUUCUAACACAUGAAUUUAAUCUAAACCAUUCUGGCUGUAUCUGUGGUCAUUGUACUGUAACAAGGUGAAUGUGUCAGGUCGUUCUUAUUUUAGCCUGACAACUAAAAUGUGAGCUGAAAAUAGAAGAUAAAUUCAAGCUCAAAGCAAAUGCUUUCAUGUAUGGGUUCAUAAUAAUCACACAGACUUUAGUAGAUGAAAUCCCAUGUUGACAGCAGCUGGAAAGUCAUGAAACAGAUUCUGCUUUGGCAAUAAAUAUGGUGCUGGUUUAAUAUGGUGCUGGUUUAAUAUGGCAAGAUCUCAUCAUUUUCCAUGUUUUCCCUACUGUUCUUCUUCUUUGAACACAAGUUAACCUUGAUUUUCAUAGCAAAAUGACAAUAAGAUCCUUUACAUUUAAAAGGAUUGAGGUCAACAACAGAUUAAGAAUCUUUAUUUCAGCUGCUAACAGCAUUCAAACUUUUGGGCCUCCGCUGUCAAAUAAUGGACCUCUCAUACACAACACUGCCAUCUUGGCCUUUUCCUUUUUAAAAGCAAGUCCCAUUAUGGACCUUCAACAUUAGGUCACAGGAAGUGGUCAUAACCCAAUGGCUCUUUGACCCUCAUCCGGUGUUAAGAACUUUAGGGAUGGAAAGGAUGAGAAGAAGAAGCGUGGCGAGGUGUCAGGGCCCCAAACCUCAGCCCUGACCCUCAACACUCCUCUUCCCCCUGACCCUUGAACUCCAACCUCGAAGGCGCUGCGACCUCAGAACGGCAUGUCACUGAAUGUCCGGCCUGACAGGAACAGGAACAGGAUCUGGAUCCGCUCAAAGUGAGGAACAGGCACUGGCGGAGGUUGAAGUGAGCAAAGAAGAAAAGGAAAGUUGUUUAUUUGAGGAGCGGAUGUUUGGGUUUUCUGGAGUAGGAGGGAGAGAUAAACCCUCUGUUCAGUGUUAGUGCUGUGGUUAAUGAACCAUCUUAAAGCCACACGCUGCUACCCGCUGUGUUCUGUAAAUCUUCACCUCUUAAUAUCUCCAUCGGGCAAAUGAGUGUAACUCCGGUUACUGUUAAAGUGUCCUGUCACUGUGACGAGAAACAUAGGGAGGCAAAUCACCCUUACCCUGAGGUGAGUUUAAGUUAGGAACCAUCAGACAUUUAAAUAUUUUCACUCUCAUCCCCUCAGCUUACAUUAAUUCUUCAUGGACCUGUAUACUGGCGAUUGGGGAGUUGCAUAACAUCUUUUAAAAUCCUUCAUGAGGAAACCUAAUGUACCACUGAUUUUCUUCUUCACAUGGCUCCACCAUUCUUAAGUUUCCAAACUCAGCAGUUUUUUUCAAGAAGUGGAUCGUUAGCUGUAUCCCUGCACUCCAGGGAAACACAGCUAAUAAAUAAACUAUGAGUUUCCAGGAGAGUAUUAAAACUCUACCUGAAGGAUAAAAACACAUUUCUCCUUGCCUAAAGGUAGCUUGCUUGCUGUGCUUUGCGGAAGUAUUCCAACCCCCUCAACUCUUUUUCACUUGGCUACAUUAUAACCACAAAGUUUGACAUUAUUAAUAGGGAUUUUAUAAACCUCUUGACUCUGAUAACGAUAAAUAAAGGCAGUACACUUGUAUGUUGGUUAAUGUAAGUAUGAAUGCAGUUAAGUAAUUAAAGUUUAUUUAUAAAGCACCUUUCACAGACACAGAUUGUAAGUGCUGUUCAACAUAAAUUACAUUUAAAUUGUAUGUUGUGAAUCAAAAUAAAAUCAUGAAAUAAAGUCAAAGUAGUUGCAGCUACUCUACGACGGUCUCUGGGUUUUGUUAGAGAACAUUGGUUAACAUACAGCGUCAUGAGCCCCAAGGUACACUGGGGUUAAAAAAAAACUACCACAACAUAUCACCCUGAACCCAGCAUUCUCUAUAGUGAAGCGUGGAGGUGGCAGAAUAAUGCUCUGAAUAAGUGUAUUUAGCUUCCUUGAGUGAAGCUAAAUAUAUGAAGUUGUUGCUGCUCAUUUUAUCAAUAUUUUGAUAAUUAGGUGAUUGCACGCAGAAUGCAGAUGCCAGUGGUUUGUAAAGAUGAUUAAAUAUUAUUAGGUACUCAGUAGUAUGUCAAGAAAAAAUUAUUGGAUUUGCUCAUUUCUAAUCUUGUGCAUCCUGUUCACUUCCUAUGUCACUUCCUGUUCAUUCGUCUCCAUACUGUAUAUCAAAGCAGGUUCCAUAACCAGAUGUUCUUCACCUCUAUUUUACACCACCCAGCGUUUAAACAGUAAAACUCUGAAUUACGUAAAUUAAAAAUGUUCCUCUUUGUUUUGACUUCACUAACCUGAUGAGGUGAUGUUCCUUAUUUGCUGUAAUAUACCAAACCAUCAGGUCUGAACUUCAGAUGUUGAGUUGCAAAUCUUAAGAGUCAUGUGUUUUAAGUAGUUUAGCAGUUCCAGUGAAUAAGAGAAGAAAAUGAGUCAUUGCUUUCUGCUCGUGCUGCACUUUGAGAAUGGCAUGCGUUCUUCUUACCUGUUGAGGAGUAUAUUUGGGCCUGGUUGGCUCACCGGGUGCUCCCUGCUGUGGCCUCCUCCUCCUCUUGGUUGCUAGCUGUUAGCGGCUUGGCUCAGCCCCUCUCUCUUGGAGGCAGUUGUUUAAGUGUUUGAGGGUCAACAUUUUUCACCUUUUUUUCCAUCUGAGUCUCCAGAGAGCAGCUCGCAGCUUCUGGACACACGCAGACAAGGUAGCUGGUAGUGCAUGGCACGGGCUCUGUGAGUAACACCAACUAACUAUCCGUCUCACGCGCCGACUCAAACCUGAAGGCACAGGGGAGUUAGAUUCCCUCCAACAGCUUCUCGGAAUAAUGAGGCAGCCUUGCCAAGGCCCUCAGAGGUUAAUUCAAA